AUGGAAAAUACAGAAUUAGUCGAUAAUUUAAAAAUCGUGUCUCAAUAUUCCACAAUGUGUCGUGCUUGUCUGAAUGAUCAAAAUCUUCAAUCAAUAUUCUCAGAGGUUAACUCCAGUACAAAUUUUAAACAAGAAAUUAAUAUUAUAAAAAUGUUUAAUUGCUAUGCAUUUCUUGACAUAUCACAAGAUGAUCAAUAUCCAAAACAUAUUUGUGAUAAUUGUCUCAAACAGUUGGUGGAUGCUUAUGAUUUUUGGAAUAAAUGUAAAAAUUCACUCGAUAAGUUGAAUAGACUGAAAGAUGAACUGGAUUCUGUGGAUGCUAAAGAAGGGAAUCUACAUGUGACAAAAUGGACUCCUCCAGGUCUCUUGGUACAGGAAUUGAAGGCUAUGCUGUACACUGCCAUGGAGAGGGCCCCAUCAGGAGAAGCAGCAGACCCCGAUAUGAUAAUAAGAUACUUUACAACAUUCGAUGAACAUUUUUUUCAUGUUUGUUACAAAGAAUUGGAAAAGAUCAAUACUUUUUAUUCAGAAAAACAAGCAGAGGCUACAAGAAAAUUUGCAACACUAAGCAGUGAAUUACGAGAGACUUUACAAGAUGCUCAAGACUUUGCCGGUAAACAUGGUUUUUCGACUUCCAAAACAAUGUCUUUAAAUCCAAGGAAAAGAAAAAAUGCUCCAAGAAAGAAGCUGCAUGAGUUAAAACUGGCUUUCAGUGAAUACUAUUUGAGUUUAGUGCUGUUGCAGAAUUAUCAGAAUUUAAAUUUUACCGGUUUCAGGAAGAUAUUGAAAAAACAUGACAAGUUAUUGCAAGUUGACAGAGGUUCAAAAUGGCACGAAGAGCAUGUCGAAAUGGCACAUUUCUACCUCAACAAGGAUAUAUCUCGUUUACUACGAGAGACAGAAGCCUGUGUCACCCGCGAAUUAGAAGGUGGUGAUCGAGGUCGCGCAAUGAAACGUCUAAGAGUACCUCCGUUAGGAGGCUCUGGAGGCAGUGGCGGUUCUGGAUCUGGAACUGCUGGCUGGACAACUUAUCGAGUUGGCUUUUUCACUGGAGCUCUAGCCGUUUUGGCAAUGGGAGUCAUCAUCUCUUUAAAAAUUACAAUUAACCAGGAGGACUCGAACAACCAGCCCAAAUGGUGGUUGAUACCGAUGCGUUUGUAUAGAACGCCUUUGCUGUUAAUUGAGUUUUGUUUUUUGUGGGCUGCUAAUGUUAGAGGUUGGAGAGUCUCGGGGGUCAAUAGGGUUUUGGUUUUUGAGCUGGACCCCAGGUGUCAUCUGUCGGAGCAGCAUGUUACUGAAAUUGGAGCUGUUUUUGGAGUUAUAUGGACUUUGAGUGUAUUAUGCUUCCUGUACAGCAACCAGCUGGGCAUUCCUGCUUUCAUUAGCCCGUUAAUAUUAUAUUUUCUGAUGUUUGGGUUUUUAUUAAAUCCAUUUAAAAUUUUGAGGCACGAAGCAAGAUUUUGGACUCUGCGAAUAUUGGCAAGAGUCUUUCUCUCACCAACCUUUCAUGUAAAUUUUGCUGAUUUCUGGGUUGCUGAUCAAAUUAACAGUUUGCUGCCACUUUUUGUAGACUUUCAAUAUUUUUUGUGCUAUUAUAUGAAUUUGAAAAGCUGGUAUGAACCAAACGAUCCUGGUGUGUGUGUCAAUGAUUCGAUCCCAAUAAGAGCAGUAAUGGCAGCUCUACCAGCCUGGUUCAGGUUUGCACAAUGUUGCAGAAGAUAUCGAGACACCCGAGAAGCUAAUCCACAUUUGGCAAAUGCUGUAAAAUACUCAACUUCAUUCUUUGUUGUGGGAUUUGCUACACUUAGUGCUUGUCAUGCAGAAACAAAUCCGGACAAGUCAACGAAUCCAUGGUUCUAUUUGUGGAUUAUUUCAUCAAUAAUUUCAUCAAGUUACACAUACUGGUGGGAUAUUAAAUUGGAUUGGGGACUUUUUGAUUCGAAAGCAGGUGAACAUAAAUUUUUGAGGGAAGAAAUUGUGUAUCCGUACACGUGGACAUAUUAUUUUGGCAUUAUAGAAGAUUUGGUUUUACGAUUUGCUUGGGUAGUCACUUUGAGUUUGACUGAAAGUGGCAUUGUGACUCCAGAAGUCAUGUUGACUCUCAUCACACCAUGGGAAGUCUUUCGUCGGUUUGUCUGGAACUAUUUCCGUUUAGAAAACGAGCAUUUAAACAACUGCGGCAAGUUCAGAGCCGUCCGAGACAUCUCAUUAGCACCUCUUGACACCAGUGAUCAAUUGGCCAUCUUACGAAUGAUGGAUCACCCGGAUGGUGCCAUUAUAAACAGACACCAUGUAACCACCAUAAUGUAG